AUGACCACCAAUGCAACAAGCACCAAUGAGGCCGGUGGACAGACCAUCACUGCAACAACCAACAGUGAGGCUGGUGGACAGACCAUCACUGCAACAACCAACAACAAGACCAUCACUGCAACAACCAACAACGAGGCUAGUGGAAACACCACAACUGCAACAACCACCAAUGAGGCUGGUGGAAAGACCACCACUGCAACAACCACCAAUGAGGCUGACGGAAUGACCACCAAUGCAACAAGCACCAAUGAGGCCGGUGGACAGACCAUCACUGCAACAACCAACAGUGAGGCUGGUGGACAGACCAUCACUGCAACAACCAACAACAAGGGUGGUGGAAACACCGCCAUUCCAACAACCAACAAUGAGGCCGGUGGACAGACUAUCACUGCAACAACCAACAGUGAGGCUGGUGGACAGACCAUCACUGCAACAACCAACAACGAGGCUGGUCGAAAGACCACCACUGAAACAACCACCAAUGAGGCUGCCAGUCCAGAUUUGGUCACCACCGUUAUUAUUAGCAGUACAAAGUCAAACAUGUCUACAGUUGUUUUAACCCACUCCGAACCUAACAUGACAACUGCUAUCAUCACCAGUCCGGGUGAUGUCACGGAUUUAACAAGUCCCUCACAGUCUGGAAUAACCUCUUAUGAGGUCACCAGUGCGAGAGAAGACCAGACGACCGUCCAGGUCAACAGUCCAGAACCCCAAGAUGUCAGUGUAGGCUUGACCAACCCCGUGUCGAAAGUGACCGAGGCUGUUAUUAGAAGUACUCACCCCAUUCUAAUUAUAACGAAACAGAGGGACUUCCGCAAGCAAAGUAGGAGGAAUAAGCGAGCUUUGAGGAGAUGGAGAUUAAAGGAGAGAAUGAGGCGGGCAAUGGAAAGGAUGAAAAGACUGAAAGCCAGAAUGGAAAAGAGGAACAAGAAAAUGAUGGAGAGAAUUGUGAAAAUUGAGGACAGGAAUAAGAAACGAGCUGAAAGGGAAGUAGAGAGAGUGGUUAAGAAAAGCAAGGGAAGAAAUAUCAAAAAGGACAGAGGCCCAUAA